UGACUCAAGUACUCUGCGGAGCCAAUCCCGAAUUUCAAAGCCUCUGAUUUCUUUCAAAACCAAAAAAACCUGACCUUUCUCACAAACUCCCCGCCACCGCCCACCACGAUGGAUCCCCACCCCGCCACCACUGCCGCCACCACCGCAGUCACCACAAACACGCGCCCCUUCCCAAUCCCAAACACAAACACGAACCCACCACCACAAUCAACGAGACCCAAUAUAGCUCCACUCCUAUACCCACAACCCCACCACCACCAGCACCUCUACACACCAAUCAGACCAACCCCAAACCUCCAACAACAAUCUUCUCACUCUCAGGGAGUUCUCUACCCAGUCGCCUCCUCCGGCCGCGGCUUCAUUCCCAAACCGCUACCGCCCAUACACGCUGUCACCGUCGCCUCCCACCCUGGUACCGCUACUUCUACUGCUGCUGCUGCUGGUGCGUACCCACCUCGCCCUCUCGUUUCCUACCCCCAACCCCACGGUCUCAGCCAUCCUGUCCAUGUCAUGAGGCCUCCCCACGUCCACCACCACCACCACUUGCACCCUGCUCAGAUUGGCGGUCCGGGUUUGGGUCCCGGUCCGGCUCCGGUUAAGGGCAUUCCGGUUUCUUCUCCGCAACCCAAGGGUGUUCCUCCAUCAUCAGUCGCUGAUUCUAAUGGCUACAGAGAUACGAGGGAUAGAAGCAGAGAUGACUCAUUGACCACUGUCAGAGAUCGAAAAGUCAGAAUAGUGGAUGGGGCUUCUCUAUAUGCACUGUGCCGAUCAUGGUUGAAGAAUGGUUUUCCUGAAGAAAGUCAGCCACAGUAUGGGGAUGCUGCAAAGUCUCUUCCAAAACCUUUGCCUAUACCUGUGUCAGCCACUCAUCUGCCAAAGAACAAGGAAGCUGAAGAAGAAGAAGAGGCAGAGGAUAAGGAGGAUGAGGAAUCUGUUGAGCAUUUAUUGCCGCAAGAUCUUUUGAACAGACACAUCAAGCAUGCUAAAAAGGUUCGAGCACGAUUAAGGGAAGAACGGUUACAGCGAAUUGCAAGGUACAAAAGUAGGCUUGCUCUUCUCCUUCCUCCGCUGGUAGAACAGUUCAGAAAUGAUACAGCUCCUAGAAACUGAUUCUUGCAGAGUUGAUCAGACACCAUUGUCAAUAUCAUGCACACUCAUGCACUUGAUGUAAAAGCUGUAAACUUAAUUACUGAGGUUCUUAAGCCUUUCAGGGAUGCAGAAAAAGUGACUCAAAUUUGGUGGAGUUCAUUGAUCAAGAUGCAAGCAAGCGGGAGAUGGGAAAAUUGUUUAGGUUUUUUGCUCAUAAAUAUACAUAGAAUUGUUAGCUUUGCCCCUUGGUGUUUACAUCAUCAUGCAACUUCGAAACAGAGUGCAAAUGUUCUCUACUUAAUCUAAUUAAUUUACUUUCUUUU